GGCGCGCAGGCGUCCUGGCUGCCGGUGCCUGAGGCUCGGGAUGGAGGACGGUAGGAGAUCGCAUUUCAACGAUGACUCGUCUUUAAUAAAAAUAUUGACAUUGUCCUCAGCCGUCUCCUCUGAGAAACACACACAGACACGCUAGCGGCUGUGGAUCGACAAAAUGGAUAUACCAAAUCCUCCAACUUCCAAAUGUAUCACUUACUGGAAAAGAAAAGUAAAAUCUGAGUAUAUGCGACUUCGGCAACUCAAACGGCUUCAGGCAAACAUGGGUGCGAAGGCUCUAUAUGUGGCAAACUUUGCAAAAGUUCAGGAGAAAACGCAGAUCCUCAACGAGGAGUGGAAGAAGCUGCGCGUGCAGCCGGUCCAGUCCAUGAAGCCCGUGAGCGGCCAUCCUUUCCUCAGAAAGUGCACCAUAGACAGCAUGUUCCCGGGCUUUGCGAGCCAGCACAUGCUAAUGCGGUCUCUGAACACAGUGGCGCUGGUCCCCAUCAUGUAUUCCUGGUCCCCUCUGCAGCAGAACUUCAUGGUGGAAGACGAGACCGUGUUAUGCAACAUCCCCUACAUGGGCGACGAAGUGAAGGAGGAAGACGAGACGUUCAUAGAGGAGCUGAUCAACAACUACGACGGGAAGGUCCACGGCGAAGAAGAGAUGAUCCCUGGAUCUGUCCUGAUUAGUGACGCUGUUUUUCUGGAGCUGGUGGACGCCCUGAAUCAGUACUCAGACGAGGAGGAGGAGAGCCACAACGACCCUUCGGAUGGGAAGCAGGAUGACGGCAAGGAGGACCUGCCGGUCACGAGGAAGCGGAAGCGCCACGCCCUGGAAGGCACCAAGAAGAGCUCCAAGAAGCAGUUCCCCAAUGACAUGAUCUUCAGUGCCAUUGCCUCCAUGUUCCCCGAGAACGGAGUCCCGGACGACAUGAAGGAGAGGUACCGAGAGCUGACCGAGAUGUCAGACCCCAACGCGCUGCCCCCUCAGUGCACGCCCAACAUCGAUGGUCCCAACGCCAAGUCUGUGCAGCGGGAGCAGUCCCUGCACUCCUUUCACACGCUCUUCUGCCGCCGCUGCUUUAAAUACGACUGCUUCCUUCACCCUUUUCAUGCCACCCCAAAUGUGUAUAAACGUAAGAACAAAGAAAUCAAGAUUGAACCGGAACCGUGUGGCACAGACUGCUUCCUCUUGCUGGAAGGAGCCAAGGAAUACGCCAUGCUGCACAACCCGCGCUCCAAGUGUUCCGGCCGGCGCCGGCGCCGGCACCAUGGGGUCAGCACUUCCUGCGCCAACACUUCGGCCUCCGCUGUGGCCGAGACUAAAGAAGGGGACAGUGACAGGGACACGGGCAACGACUGGGCCUCCAGUUCUUCAGAGGCCAACUCGCGCUGUCAGACGCCCACCAAGCAGAAAGCCAGCCCCGCCCCAGCCCAGCUCUGUGUGGUCGAGGCGCCCUCGGAGCCCGUGGAGUGGACCGGCGCUGAAGAGUCCCUCUUCCGUGUCUUCCAUGGCACGUACUUCAACAACUUCUGCUCCAUAGCCAGGCUCCUGGGCACCAAGACAUGCAAACAGGUCUUCCAGUUUGCCGUGAAAGAGUCACUUAUCCUGAAGCUGCCGACAGAUGAGCUCAUGAACCCCUCGCAGAAGAAGAAGCGGAAGCACAGACUAUGGGCUGCGCACUGCAGGAAAAUCCAGCUCAAGAAGGAUAACUCUUCCACGCAAGUGUACAACUACCAGCCGUGUGACCACCCAGACCGCCCCUGUGACAGCACCUGCCCCUGCAUCAUGACACAGAAUUUCUGUGAGAAGUUCUGCCAGUGCAACCCAGACUGUCAGAAUCGUUUCCCUGGCUGCCGCUGUAAAACUCAGUGCAAUACCAAGCAGUGCCCCUGCUACCUGGCUGUGCGCGAGUGCGACCCCGACCUGUGCCUCACCUGCGGGGCUUCGGAGCACUGGGACUGCAAGGUGGUCUCCUGCAAGAACUGCAGCAUCCAGCGGGGCCUCAAGAAGCACCUGCUGCUAGCCCCUUCAGAUGUGGCCGGAUGGGGCACCUUCAUUAAGGAGUCUGUGCAGAAGAACGAGUUCAUUUCUGAGUAUUGUGGUGAGCUCAUUUCUCAGGACGAGGCCGACCGCCGAGGGAAGGUCUACGACAAGUACAUGUCCAGCUUCCUCUUCAACCUCAACAAUGAUUUUGUAGUGGAUGCUACCCGGAAAGGAAACAAGAUUCGUUUUGCAAACCAUUCCGUGAAUCCCAACUGUUAUGCCAAAGUGGUCAUGGUGAAUGGGGAUCAUCGCAUUGGGAUCUUCGCCAAGAGAGCCAUUCAAGCCGGGGAAGAGCUCUUCUUCGACUACAGGUACAGCCAGGCCGAUGCCCUCAAGUACGUGGGGAUAGAGCGGGAGACCGACGUCCUUUAGCUCCUGGGUCCCAACCCCACUCCAGCCCCGCGGUGGCCACACCAUCUUUGCUUCCACACACACUAGUGCCACAUCUGUCCCUGUACCCUGUGUUUUCCACAUCAACAAAUCACCUGCCUAUUCCCCAUAACGCAAGGCCUCAGCCGCAUCCUGUGGGGGGAUCCCACUUCUCAGCGAAAGGGGAGACUGCGGCAGCAUAGAGCUGCAGAAGAGGGAGGCUGCGGGGUUGUACGGGUCAGUCCCUGGCUGCGCGCCUACAGGUAAUGACCCCAAGUAGAGCGUUCCUGGGCCGGGGCCCUGGUGUGAAGGAGGCGCCAGGCACAGCUCUGAGGCCCGAAGCAUGGAGUGAACAGGCCGAGUUAUAUCCAGGCCUGGGGCCAACACACAUUAGAGGAGGGCCUGGCAGGCAGCACAGACCAACCAGAGGGAGAUAGGUCUCCAGCCGCUGCUACCUCCUCCCCCUGGCAAUCUCUGCCUGACCCCUAGGGUGGAGCCAAAAGCCAGGUUCAAUACUAGGAGAGAGCCAUCUUCCCUGGACAGAGUGGGAGGGCAGCUGGCACCCAGAGUUCAGUUGCCAUGUGCACCCAGAGUUCAACUCUGUGUACCUCCCUGUGGCCAGGGGCGGCGCCUGGCUCCUUCUCACAGCUUGACCUCCAGCUGCAGGCAGGCUGGUCCCUGGACACAGGCCUGGACUGCAGAUGUGGGGGCUGAAGCUGUGCCAAACGCCCUAAUACCAUAGGUGUUAGAAGGUCAGGGCCUUAACCACACAUGGGGUAGGGUGGCGGAGACAGGCAGAUCGGCUACUCGAGGCUGCAAUAUCAUCCUGGGUGGGGUUUGUGCAGAACAAAGCACUUUAUUGCUAUGAGAAGGUCUGGGACUGGGGUAACGGCUGAGACAGGGUCUCAGGGCCCCUACCCAGUCCCACCCCUGCAGGAGGAGCCUGUGGGCCGGAAAAUUCUCCUCCAGUGUGGCUGGCCAGGAGGAGGAGUUGGCCUGACACCGCAGAAGCCAGCAAGAACAGAACCAGGAACCAACAGGAGUGGCCUGCCGUGGGGCCCCGGGCGUGGAGCUGGGGGCGUGCAGACAGCAGGCUCAGUGUCCUUGGCCCCUGGCCCCUGCUGGCUCACUCACGCAGGAGGAAAUACAAUUCCCCCUGGCUACUCUGCCUCCAAGGGAUCUGCGUGGGACACAGACGUGCAAGCACACACGCAGCACACUGGCAGGAGCAUGCCCCCUACCCUCUCCAUCCCCUCCCUGGGGCUUGGAAUGCGCUGUGUCAGGGAGGCCUUCAGGCGGGACCCUGGGCUCCGAGUUCCUGCUAAGCUAUCCAGGGAGAGUGGAGGAAGCAGGCCUGGCUGGAAUGCAGGGGAGCUGGCCGCCAGGAUGGGGGCCAGGCUGCGGCACACCCAGCCUUCUCAGCGCACAGCUCCAGCUCCAGGCCCCAGCACACCCCUCCCCCUGUCCCUGUUGAUCCCUUCCCCCACUUCUCAUGACGGGUCUUGAGCUCUCUACCCCACACGCCAUGGCGGAUGGAGCGGGGUGGCGGGUGUGGAGGGCAUGUGGUCCUCCCACCAGUGAUGUUCAUGCACUUGAAAGUCCUGUGGCUUGUGACCUCUUAUCUGAAUAAAGUGUUAGGAACCAUG